AAUCGACAAACUGAUCUGACAUGGAGUUGACAGCGUCCAGCUUCGUCUCAUUGUUUAUCUACAUCUUGACCUUCUUGCUCGGACUUCCCGGCAAUCUCCUUGUUCUUUUCGUGUACAUCCGUAAGGCUCGAAAACACGGUGCCACCCCCAACGUAGUCUACGCUCUAAACCUGUGUGUGGCAAACCUGGCUCUAGUCUUGUGGAUGCCAGUAAAAGUGGCCGAGACGCUUCAAGGUUGGGCCCUUCCAGCUGCGGUUUGUCCCGUUUACAGCUUCUUUCUGUUUUCUUCGGUCUAUGGUAGCAGUUUGAUCCUCACAGCAGUCGUCGUGGGCCGUUAUCUGAGUAUUGCUUAUCCCAUAACUUACAAACUCUACCGCCGGGCGCGUACCUCAUGCCUGGUGAGCGCCAUCUUGUGGCUUUUAGUGCUUGUACACUUGGGUUUUGCUUACAUUGCUGAAGGAGGGGGUCAUUUUGUGUCUUUAUCAGGGGAGAAUGUCUCGGCAUGCUAUGAAAACUUCACCCAGGAGCAGUUGGAAGUGUUGGUGCCAUUACGCCUGGAGAUGGCACUGCUGCUCUUCCUGGUGCCGCUUGUUUUGUCCGCUUUUUGCACACUGCGCUGCCUUGUGCUCGUCAGACACUCUGCUUUGCCCUCUGUUGGGAAAAGAAGGGUGCUAGCCAUUGCACUGUCCACUUUAGUAGUAUUCGUGGUCUGUUAUUUGCCAUACAAUGUUUCCCACGUGGUGGGCUUUGUCUUGUACACUAAUGUGGAGUGGAGAAGUGAAGCCAUGCUUUCUUGCUCCUGCAAUGUGUUUCUUGAGCCUGUGGUCAUGUUGAUGCUUUCGCCGUGGACGCCGAGGGAUUUAGUGGACCGAGUGUGCCACAAACGAAGGAACGAAUCAUGCAAGUAUCAUCAGAAUCACUGCAACAGGGCUUCCAGCAACCCUCAAACAACAACGACACAGGCUGCCUCAGUAUUAAGCCAUGGUCAACCUAAAGAUGACAAAGCAAGAGCAAACAAUGCAGACACAUCCACAAAAGUGACCUGAUUAGGGUAGAGCAAGAAACUCAUGGAAAUAAAUGAACAUGGAUUUUUUUAAACCUGUCAGUGUGGUUGUUAAAGAAAAUGGAUGCGAGUGCUUGUUCUUAUAAUAUUUUCCAAGAUGGAAGCUAUUUACGCACAGCUUGUUCUUUUCACUUAUGUUUGCCUCUGUAAUAUAUGACUAUGUUUUUAGGGAUUUUAACCAAAAACAUAAACAAUAGUAAGUUAUUAUAAUUACUAAGAAAUGUCAAAUACCAACCUCUAAUGGAUCUUUUUAAACACGAGGAAAGGUCUAUAUUAACUUUGAAGCGGUUCUGUGGAGACUUGUAACUAUUCUGUGAAACACUUAUUCUGUAAUACUUGUACUAUAAAAUGUAUAAUGUGGAUGCGUAAAAUUUGAAUUGCAUUGUAUUGUUGUAUUGUAAAUAUAAAUUAAAUUGCUCUUACAUUC